CUCGUACACUUUCUUUCUUCUCAGCCUCUCAGGCUCUCAGCGCCAGUGGUAACUCCGUUAAACCUCCAAAUAAGAACCCCAAACAUAUUUUUAAUCGAAAUGAGUGAAUGGGGUUUUAGCUUCAGCUUCCUCAACCAUAAAUUUUCCUUCCUUGCACCCCUGUAUUCUUGUGGAACCUUGGAGAUAUUAGAGUUUCUAUGAUGAAUGGGUCUCUCAGAAGAAAGUUAUUUUGCAAACGAUUUAGUUGGGAGGUUCUGUGGACAUGCAACCUCAUGACUUCUUCUGUUCAUAAUCUUUCUGAUGUCAAGGCCAUACAAAAACAGCUGCAGUUUUGAUGAAGCCAGUUAGGCCUUCAUUAGGUACAUGCCGCAGGUUCUCCUCCUCACCUUCAAAACUGUCAUCUUCAGUUCCAUGGAUCUCACCCCUUCAGUUUUCAGAAGUCACCUCCCAUAAACCAGACCCUCCAACCAAAACCACAAAUAUUGUUGUAGAACCCCAGAGGAGAGCCAAGUAUAUAUCUCACGAAACUGCCAUCAACUUAAUCAAACGUGAGAAAGAUCCGCAGCAUGCCUUGGAAAUAUUUAACAUGGUUUCAGAGCAAAGAGGUUUCAGUCAUAAUAAUGCCACCUAUGCAACUAUCCUUCAAAAGCUUGCUUUGUCUAAGAAGUUUCAAGCUAUUGAUGCAAUUCUUCAUCAAAUGACCUAUGAAACAUGCAAAUUUCACGAGGACAUAUUAGUGAAUCUAAUGAAACAUUUUUCAAAAUCCACUAUGCAUGAAAAAGUUCUUGAGAUGUUCUAUGCCAUCCAGCCAAUUGCUCGGGAAAGACCCUCUCUCAAAGCCAUCAGCACCUGUCUCAAUCUCCUAGUUGAAUCAAGCCAAGUUGAUUUGGCUCGAAGGUUCCUUAUGCAUUCAAAGAAGAAACUCAACUUGAAGCCAAAUACCUGUAUUUUCAACAUAUUAGUUAAGUAUCAUUGCAAGAAUGGGGAUCUUGAAUCUGCCUUUGAGGUUGUGAAAGAAAUGAAGAAGUCAAAAAUCUCUUAUCCCAAUUUGAUUACCUACUCAACUUUAAUGGAUGGUCUUUGUGAAAAUGGGAAACUCAAGGAAGCAAUCGAACUUUUCGAGGAGAUGAUCUCUGGGGAUCAAAUCUUGCCUGAUGCCCUAACAUACAACACAUUGAUUAAUGGGUUUUGCCGUGAAGGUAAAGCUGAUAAGGCGAGGAAAAUAAUAGAGUUCAUGAAGAGCAAAGGAUGCAAUCCAAAUGUUUUCAAUUACUCAGCCUUGAUGAAUGGAUUUUCCAAGGAGGGAAGAUUUCAGGAAGCCAAGGAGGUUUUUGAUGAGAUGAAAAGCUAUGGUUUGAAAGCCGAUACAGUUGGCUACACGACUCUAAUCAGUUGCUUCUGCAAGGCUGGGAGAGUUGAUGAAGCUAUAGAAUUACUCAAAGAAAUGAAAGAGAAAGGUUGCAAAGCUGAUUUUGUGACUUUUAACGUGAUACUUGGAGGACUAUGUAGAGUGGGUAGGUUUGAGGAGGCUCUUUUGAUGCUUGAAAAAUUUCCUUAUGAGGGUAUAAAUCUGAACAAGGCGAGUUACAGAAUUGUGCUGAAUUUGUUGUGUAAAAAGGGUGAAUUGAAAAAGGCCAUAGAUUUGUUGGGUUUGAUGCUGGGUAGGGGUUUUGUCCCACAUUUUGCAACUUCAAAUGAGUUGCUUGUUAGCCUUUGUAAUGCUGGGAUGGUAGAUGAUGCAGCUAUGGCUUUGUUUGGAUUGCUAGAAGUGGGGUUCAAACCUGAGACCAGUUCAUGGGCUCUGUUGAUCGAAUCGAUUUGCAGAGAAAGAAAAUUGUUGCCUGCAUUUGAGCUGCUUGAUGAGUUAGCAAUGCAGAGCCAUUUGUCAUUAGAUUAAUAGAGGUUAUUAGA